AUGCAUGAAUGUUGGACAGAGUUCUCACCUCCUUGUCCGGGACCUGGCUUGCCUAGUGCUUGUUCCCUUCACCUGCGGCCUAUAGGACGGUCCCUGCCUUGUGCUGGUUGGCAGCCAAACCAUCAGGAGUUACAGUGUCUUGAUCUUUGGAGUCGAUGCCUCUCAGCAAGCCCCUGCCUGAGCCCUCCCUGCUUUGUCUACCACAGAGCCUCCAGAGCACAAGUGACACACCAUCCCAGCCCUGACGGAGAGGUCACCCCGAGAUCUUGGGCCCUGGGCUUGUACCCAGAGGUCACCCUGACCUGGCAGCGUGAUGAGGAGGACCAGACCCAGGCCAUGGAGCUUGUAGAGACCAGGCCUUCAGAGGACAGAACGUUCCAGAAGUGGGCGGCCUUGGUGUUGCCUUCUGGAGAUGAGCAGAGACACACGUGCCACGUGCAGCACCAGGGGCUGCCUGAACCCCUCUUCCUGAGGUCCAGUCCGUCUUCCCAGCCCAACAUCCCUCUCAAGGGAGCAUUUGCUGGCCAGGUUCUCCUUGCACCUCCAGGAAAGUGCUGUCACUAA